AUGGCCAGCCACGAAGAACAACAGCUCAUCGGCCUCCUCACGCAGUCGCUCAGCCCAGCAACCGAGCCGCUCGCCAGGAAACAGCUCGACCAGAACCUCAAAGUGCACCUGCCCACCCAGCAGCCGCUCCGAUUCACAAACUCACUCGCCACGGUCUCAGUCAACCCCCACCACCCACCAGAGCUCCGUCUCCAUGCCCUCGUCCUCCUCCGAACCAUCCCACUCGAUCCGUCCAACAACAAGAUAUGGUCAACCGCACUCAGCCCAGAACAACAGCGCCAGAUCCUCAACCAGCUCUUCAGUGCACUCCUCGCCCCAGCAGAGCCACCGACCCCUCCAGAGAUCAUCAACCAGCUGGCCCGGGUCAUCGCCCAUCUCGCUAGAAACUCGCCCGAGAUCACCCUGCAAUCCUCUGACGAAUGGUCCACCCUCCUAAGACCAAUCCUUCUGGCCAAUCUUCUCCCCCAGCAGCAACAACCCCCAUUGCCAUCAAACCCGAUCCUCCAAACCGCCCUUCUCGAAAUCUUCGUCGCCCUCCCAUGGCUCUUCUCCAGCUCACCAACCGAACUGGAAGCGAUCGUCCUCGCAAGCCUCAGCUCCGAUCAUUUCCCUCUGAGACUAGCUGCCCUCCAAGCGAUCUGCGUCCCCGACCUCGAACUCGACACCUCCUUCGCCCAUCCAGUCCUACAAGCCGUUCUCCUACCUCUCCCAUCACAUCCCAACCAAUCCGAGGCUGAAGCUGCUAUGACCCAUCUGAUCGAAUUCGUCACCUUCAACGACAUUCCCGAUAUCUCCAUCUGGCUCGAACCAUUACUACAGCUCACCCUCGAUCAAAAUCGGAUCCUGUCCAUCCGGACUACCGCCCUAGAGUGCCUCAUCACACUCAUCGAAUGUCGCCCACAAGCCUCUAACCUAACCCCUAGCUUGACCUGGCUCACCCCCGUCUUUCGUGGCUUGGUCGGUUUGAUGGCCGAAAUCGACGAAGACGAAGAAUGGUCUCUUACUCUUGAUGAUGAUGAGGAAGACCAGGAUGCGAUCUAUAUCCAAGCAGAACAGGCCCUCGACCGGCUCACCCAAGAGGUCACCAGAACUCAUUGCGACCAACUCUUCGAACUCAUCCUCUCUGCCGUCCAACCGCCUCUGCCGGCUUCAUGGAAGGCCAAACAUGCCCUACUCUCAGUCCUUGCGGUCACAGGCGAAGGACUUGCUGAAUCCUUCUCACUUGCUGCUGAUCAGAUCUAUCAUGUCCUCCAAGCCGGCUUUGAUGAUCCUCAUCCACGAGUAGUCUAUGCCGCAAUCUAUGCGAUCGCCCAACUUUCAUCACCACUCAAGAUCACCUUCUCUACCAAGCCAGUCCAUCAACAAGUCUUGUCCUGGCUCCUUCGAUGCCUCGAAAAUAGUUCCCAGCCGCGUCUUCAAGCAUUUGCUGCCAAGGCGCUGAUCAACGUCCUCUGGGACAACGGUUUUCGCAAGGUCGAGGUGGCAGACGAGAUGAUCGGACCGAUCCUGACUCGGCUGAUCUCCUUGUGCGAUUCGAACUACAACGAUCGUCGAUCGCUCUCCAAUAAAAUCCGCCUGGACGCACUCAAUGCAAUCGGGAAGCUAGUCGGGUCUAUCAGCCGACAGGGAGCCCUUGCAUUCUUCGAUACCACUAUCUCGACUCUGCGUAAACUGAUGGAGGGAGUCGAUCUAGCUCGUGCGGCCUCAAGCAGUGACGGGGGUGGACUUGAUGAUGAGGAGGUUGACGAGACUGAGCUGAGAGUCUUUGAAGUGAUCAGUCGACUCGCCAUGACUAGCGGCGAACAAAGGUUCGAUGUUGAGGGAGAUUGGUGGGCUCAUCGGAUGGUGAACAGCCUAGAAUUAAAACGGCAAGCGCAAACCCGAAUUUUAGGCUCGCUGGCUGGACUCUCGGGUGGAAUGAAUGCUCAACGGUUUGUUGAUCAGGGAUGCUUGACGAUCAUCAUAGACCGCGUGAUCAAGAUUUGUCACUCCAAACCGGACAUCUCGAUCUCCGCUCUGCUAGAUAAUUGUCACGAAUUUGAUGAUCGACAAUGGGAAUCGGUAGUCAUCGGAGAACAAACCUUCGGGAUCAAAUCGGCGGAAUUGGCCGACAAGGAACUAUCACUCAGGACCCUGAUCCUUCUGGCUAACAACAUCGGCGCUUGGCUGAUUCCACAUUGCGAUCAAAUCGUCGGUGCUGUCGUUCCCUUAUUGAAGUUCUAUUUCAGCGAUGAAGUGCGAGAAUCUGCAAUGACUUUAUUGCCCCUAUUGGUUCAAAGUGCCAAAGCAUCUGGCAUGUCGGCCCAGCAAGUAGAAGGAGCCUCCACGAGUUUUUGCAACUCGAUCACGCUUGCAUUUGACGCUGAGCCAUUAGACGUAGGUAAUCUGGCCGACUGUUUAUUGAUGGCUUGGGCGGAGUGCGUGGGAUACCAAGCGCCAUCGCACGAGGAAGUGAAACACAUGACCGAAGCGUGCUGUGAACGGAUCCGGCGGGUAAUAGCACAUGGGACGGGUGAUGACGAUGGGGAGAAUGAGAAGUGCGAGGAAGGGCUCCGGCGACUGUUUACGGGGAUCUCACGCGUGCUGAGGAUCUCGGUUGGAAUCCAUCCCGAGUGGAUGUGGUCCCAUAUCAACCAGCGGAUCGUCGACUGGACUCGGAUCGUCGACCCGCAACCGUCGGCUAUCUCGAUCGGUUUGAAAAGACUCGGCUUCCGUCUCGUCGGCGCUUUCGUCAAAUUCUAUUCCUCCGCCGCCGCCGGGCCUGAAUUAAUCGAAAAAGUCGGCAAGAAUAUCUUGCUAGGUUUUACCGAUCACGACGAGUGCGUGAGAGGUCUCGCUCCUUUUAUCGUCGGUCUGUGUGCCGAGAAGAACGGGGAAAGUCCGAAGCCUGUGUACAUGGAGCUAAUCAAAUCUUCGAUGGAUCUUUUGGUCACUGGCUUGCAAGCCAACUCUCGCUCAAUUGGCACAACCGGGACAUUCGGUGAAGCGGCUCAAGUCGCUCGUGAGAACUGCGUUUCGGCAUUGGCAAAGAUCAUCAGGAACCCUGAAGGUCUUGUGAUCGAUGUUGAUAAGAUCUUACCUCAGUGGAUUGAUGCUUUGCCGAUCGAGAUUGAUGUAGAGGAGGUUGAACCAAGUUAUGGAUUGUUACUAGAACUGAUUGCACGAGGACACGAAUCAGUAGACCCAACGAAGAACGAGAUCGGCCGGAUCGAGCAAGUCAUCCAAUCCCUCCUCUCAGCCAUCCUCAACGACUCAAUUACCUUCGAGUCUCGUAACUCUUUGUCUGUCGCACUCAAUGCGUAUUUGUCUCAGCUGCCCCCACAGAUUGUCGAGCUUAAGAACAACGGACAUCUCCCCCCUGACUCCGUUUGGACCCGGUUAGAUGGCUUCUUGGCUCUUAACGCUCCCAAUUCUACUUAA